GUCAGGAAUAUGGCAACUCUAAAAGACAUUACCAGGCGCUUGAAGUCCAUCAAGAACAUUCAGAAGAUUACAAAGUCCAUGAAGAUGGUGUCUGCAGCAAAAUACGCAAGAGCUGAGAGGGAGCUGAAGCCUGCUCGAGUCUAUGGAACAGGAGCACUGGCUCUUUAUGAGAAAGCAGAAAUAAAGGCACCUGAGGACAAGAAGAAGCACCUCCUCAUUGGUGUGUCCUCUGAUCGAGGUCUGUGUGGCGCUAUCCAUACAUCCGUUGCUAAAACCUUGAAGAAUGAGAUUGCCAACCUCUCAAACGCAGGGAAAGAAGUUAUGGUGGUCGGAGUAGGUGACAAGAUCAGAGGCCUACUUCAAAGGUGAAAAAGAGAAGGGUUUGGUUUGGUGGUUUUGCUUGUUUUCUGUGGUAGAAAUUUCAAGACUGCUUUGAAAGCUGUGUGUUUUGGAGAUGCUUCAAUCAUUGCCUCGGAGUUGUUAAAUUCUGGCUAUGAAUUUGAUGAAGGGUCUGUCAUCUACAAUCGAUUCAGGUCUGUCAUCUCCUACAAAACCGACGAAAAACCCAUCUUCUCCCUUGAAACAGUUGCUGGUUCUG